AUGUCAGACGAUAAAUUUGAUGCAUCUUUAGAACUUCUUAGAAGAUUAGAUCCUCGAUCAAUUGAGCAGAAUCUCACGAGUAUAUGUUCACUACUCAGCUCAAAUAACGAGGAUACGGAAAUUGUGGAAGAGCUAUUAUCAUCGAUUGACGUUCCCUUGAAGGUUUCCAAGUGUAAAGAGUCAGGUAAAGAGUACUUGUGUUGCGAUUAUAAUCGAGAUGGUGAUAGUUAUAGAUCGCCCUGGUCCAAUCAGUAUUACCCUCCACCUGAAGAUGAUGAUGACGAGGAGGUGUCACCACCCUAUCCUAGUGAACUUUUGAGACAAUUGGAGUUUAAGGCAAAUGACGCGUUUGAUAUCUAUAGAGACUUGUACUAUGAAGGAGCAGGAGUUUCCAGUGUUUACUUUUGGGACACAUCUGACGAUGACGAUGAAGGAGAAGGCAGUGAGUCAACUUUAGAAAAGGGGUUUGCAGGCGUCAUUUUGUUUAAAAAAGAAACCAACGAUAAAACAGGUAAAUGGGAUUCAAUCCAUGUUCUUGAAGUUUUGCCGGAAGGCAAAAACAAGGUGCUAUACAAAUUGACUACCUCGGUCAUUUUGGAUUUGCAAAAUAAAGAAACCAAUUCACUUAGUUUGAGUGGGAACUUGACCAGACAAUUGGAGCAAUCACAACUUUUAGAUUUAAAUAACGGAGUCAAUUUGGAAACAAACCAUUUAAUCAAUAUUGGUACUAUGGUUGAAAAGGCCGAGUACAAUAUCAGAAACGUGUUACAAGAAGUAUAUUUUGAUAAACUAAAAGAUAUAAUGUUGAAAGAUUUACGAACUGUUGAUGGUGAUGCAGAUAAAGCUGUCAACGCACAGCAAUCAGAUAUCAUAAAAGGAUUAGAAGCAUUAUAA